AGGAUGAGAAAGUUGGUCCAGUAGGGAUAUUGAUACUGAGAGUUCAUAUAGUCGACCUCAAUGGUGGAAGUUUUUUUUUUAUUUCAUUUUAUUUUCUGAAUUGACUGGUUUUCUAUUUAUCAUUCAGUGGGUAUGGUCUCGUGUUAAUAUAUUUCAGCACAAGCAGUGCAAAGUCUAGAGGAUUUCAUGGCAGGCAAUGGCCUGCCAGCUCUGGGUCGUGUGAAGCUCAGUGAUUUGGUACCAUUGGAAGGUCUUCCUUCGGAUUCGUAUAAAUUAUCGGUCUCAACUUUGUCACAGUCAUUGGCUCAGUAUUCAGCUGCCAUUAUCCAGCUAUCCACAAGUGAUGGAGCUCUUUUAAGGUCUAGUCUAGAGUCUGCCCGACUUUACUUUCAACAUAAACCCUCUUAUCCUUCUGCAGAUGUUAUUCAUUCUGAUGACUCUCGUGAGUGGUGUAAGACCUCUGGUUACCAUGCAGAUCCUCAACAAUGGCAAGAAACUUAUGAUUUCAGGCCAGGGCUUACUCCUUCGGAACCCACCAGUGAUAUUGAAUUCCCUCCUGCUGGUUUGUCUGACAUAUUCUCUUUGCUUGGAAGAGCAGCAAGAGAUAUAUUGGAUGCCAUCAGUUUCUAUUUAAAUCUGCGUAGCUCUCCAUUUACUGAAAUACUUGAUAAUGUUCCACUCAGAAACAGAGAAAUAUCAUCCUCUGUAUUAUCCGUCUGUUGUCAUGCCAGGCCAUCUUUUCAGGGUGCUCAGCACCAUGGCCUGACAACGCAAGAGGAUGGUCAGUUAGGGAUGUUCUCGGAUCAUGAGCAUCAGGUUGACAGAAGCCUUGUUACAAUUGUUAAGUCGGAUAGGCCUGGUCUACACGUGAGAGAUUUUCACGGUCACUGGGUUCUUGUGGAUGGUGAUCUUGGCCCCCAGGAAGCAAUAGUUUAUCCUGGCCUUGCAUUAUAUCAGGCAACUGCGGGCUAUAUCAGCCCUGCACUUCAUCGUACGGACAUUGGUAAUCAGCAGGGUAGCAUGUAUGGACGCUGUUCCCUUUCUUUUAAACUUAUGCCCAAGUCCAUGACCAACCUCAAUUGUUCAGAGAUGCGGGCUGCUGGUCACGGGGUUGAAGCUCAAUUCCAGCUUCCCGUACCAGUUGAUGACUUCAUGCAGAGAUCAACUGAUCAGUUGCUUAUCAGGAGCAAUUUCCCUACAUUCAACUUUCCAACAGUCCAAGAUGGAUCUAUGAAGCCCAUGAUGAGGAGGAGGAAGAGUAACUCAAGAUCUAAACCUCUUCCACCUUCAAAGAGGUUGAGAUUGGAGGCACAAAGAGUUCUCAAAGAGAGAGUUCAAGACAUAGCUGAUAAAAAGGGCAUCAAGCUGAGGUUCUGCACCUUAAAGGAUUGUGAAAGUCACAUCCAGUCACUUGAUUGCCCAUGUACGAACAUAAGAAUGGAAAUUGGAUGGCCACCGGGAGUUCCAUUUGUUCACCCACAUGAUCUCCCAAAUAAGGCUAAGAUUGGAUUUCUUGAAACAUAUGAACCUGGUUGGUCUGCAACUCAUGAUAUGGAGUUGAGCCUAAUCGAUCCCGGACAGCCAAGUCAACACACUUCUAACUGAAUCUAUAUCGCUAUCAGAAUGCUGCCUGAUGAGUGCUUGGAUUCAUUAUACCAAUAUUUGGCUGCUUAAUUAUGCUUGUCUCAUGCAGAUCUUGCUAAUUUGUAUACGAAUUUCAAUUAAGAUAUGAAUGCACAAUGAGCUUUUCCUUUGUUUAUCCUAAUCGUUGUCCCUGUACAUAUUAGUUUGUAAAAUUUGAUGGAAUAUCAGUUCUAAAUUCCCAAUGUACUCGUAGUUUUCUCGGCUCUCAUACUCUUAGCUCUUGUGGAGCAUUUUAUGUUGGUCAAAGAGUUUGAAUUUAUAUAGUGAUUGGAUCUUAGAAG